UCCCGGCUCCCGGCUCCCGGCUCCCGGCGCGGAGCUGCUCCUGAAACGACGCGCUGCCGAGGCCGGUGGGUGUGAGGACGCGGGAGGCAGUGUCGUCGGAUCCGCCCACAGUCCGUAGCCCCGCUGAGUCCGGAGGCCGCCCGGAUGGAGCCGCCGCUCCCGGUCGGAGCCCAGCCCCUUACAUGCCUGCAUACUGUCGAGGGUAUGGAGAUGAAGGGUCCGCUCCGGGAGCCCUGCGCCCUGACCCUAGCCCAGAGGAACGGGCAAUAUGAGUUAAUAAUCCAGUUGCACGAGAAAGAACAGCAUGUUCAAGAUAUCAUUCCUAUAAAUAGCCACUUCAGAUGUGUUCAAGAAGCCGAAGAAACUCUUUUGAUUGACAUAGCUUCAAACAGUGGCUGCAAAAUUCGGGUUCAGGGGGACUGGACCAGAGAACGCCGCUUUGAAAUCCCUGAUGAAGAACACUGUUUGAAGUUCCUCUCAGAGGUCCUUGCUGCUCAGGAGGCUCAGUCACAACUUCUUGUUCCAGAGCAAAAGGACUCAUCCAGCUGGUACCAGAAAUUAGACACUAAGGACAAACCUUCCGUUUUUUCAGGGCUUCUUGGAUUUGAGGACAAUUUUUCAUCUAUGAAUUUGGACAAGAAAAUAAAUUCACCAAAUCAGCCUAUGGGGACUCAUCGGGAACCCCCACCCCCACCCCCUUCAGUGAAUAGAAUGCUUCCACGUGAAAAAGAAGCUUCUAACAAGGAACCGCCCAAAGUGACCAACACCAUGCGGAAGCUCUUUGUACCAAAUACCCAAUCUGUGCAGCGGGAGGGUCUCAUCAAACAUAUCCUGGCAAAACGAGAGAAAGAAUAUGUCAACAUUCAGACUUUCAGAUUUUUUGUUGGGACUUGGAACGUGAAUGGUCAGUCUCCAGAUAGCGGGUUAGAACCUUGGCUGAACUGUGAUCCGAAUCCUCCAGAUAUCUACUGCAUUGGAUUUCAAGAGCUAGACUUAAGCACAGAAGCCUUUUUCUACUUUGAAUCUGUGAAAGAACAAGAGUGGGCUAUGGCUGUGGAGAGGGGUUUGCAUUCCAAAGCUAAGUAUAAGAAAGUUCAACUAGUCCGCCUUGUUGGGAUGAUGCUUCUCAUAUUUGCCAGAAAGGAUCAGUGUCGAUAUAUUCGUGAUGUUGCUACAGAAACAGUUGGAACUGGAAUCAUGGGGAAAAUGGGAAACAAAGGCGGGGUAGCUGUGAGAUUUGUAUUUCACAAUACCACCUUUUGCAUUGUCAAUUCCCACCUGGCUGCCCAUGUGGAAGACUUUGAGAGAAGAAAUCAAGAUUAUAAGGACAUCUGCGCAAGAAUGAGUUUUAUGGUCCCAAAUCAGACUCUUCCUCAACUGAACAUCAUGAAACAUGAUGUUGUCAUUUGGUUGGGAGAUUUGAAUUAUAGACUUUGCAUGCCUGAUGCCAAUGAAGUGAAAGGUCUUAUUAAUAAGAAUGACCUUCAGAGACUCCUGAAAUUUGACCAGCUAAAUAUUCAGCGCACACAGAAAAAAGCUUUUGUCGACUUCAACGAAGGGGAGAUCAAGUUCAUCCCCACUUAUAAGUAUGACUCUAAAACAGACCGGUGGGAUUCCAGUGGGAAAUGUCGUGUUCCAGCCUGGUGUGACCGAAUUCUUUGGAGAGGAACUAAUGUCAAUCAGCUUCAUUACCGGAGUCACAUGGAACUGAAAACCAGUGACCAUAAGCCUGUUAGUGCCCUCUUCCAUAUUGGGGUCAAGGUUGUGGAUGAAAGGAAGUAUAGGAAAGUCUUUGAGGAUAUCGUACGCAUCAUGGACAGAAUGGAAAACGACUUCCUUCCUUCCCUAGAACUCAGCAGGAGAGAGUUUGUGUUUGAAAAUGUGAAGUUUCGGCAACUACAAAAGGAGAAGUUCCAGAUCAGCAACAAUGGACAGGUUCCCUGCCAUUUUUCUUUCAUCCCCAAACUUAAUGACAGCCAAUACUGCAAGCCAUGGCUUCGGGCUGAACCUUUUGAGGGCUACUUGGAGCCAAAUGAGACAGUGGACAUUUCUCUUGAUGUGUAUGUCAGUAAAGACUCUGUGACCAUCCUGAACUCUGGGGAAGAUAAGAUCGAAGAUAUUCUUGUCCUUCACCUGGAUCGAGGCAAAGAUUACUUCUUGACCAUCAGUGGAAAUUACCUCCCAAGUUGUUUUGGUACAUCCUUAGAGGCUUUGUGCCGAAUGAAAAGACCAAUUCGAGAAGUUCCUGUUACCAAACUCAUAGACUUGGAAGAAGACAGCUUCCUAGAAAAGGAGAAAUCCCUUCUGCAGAUGGUCCCCUUGGAUGAGGGUGCCAGUGAGAGACCACUUCAGGUACCCAAGGAGAUCUGGCUUCUAGUAGAUCACUUAUUCAGACACGCCUGUCACCAGGAGGACCUGUUCCAAACCCCUGGAAUGCAGGAAGAGUUACAGCAAAUCAUCGAUUGUCUAGAUACCAGCAUUCCUGAGACAAUCCCUGGCAGUAAUCAUUCUGUGGCUGAAGCACUGCUCAUUUUCCUGGAAGCCCUGCCAGAGCCAGUCAUCUGUUAUGAGCUGUAUCAGCGAUGUCUUGACUCUGCUCAUGAUCCUCGGAUCUGCCGACAGGUAAUCUCUCAGCUUCCAAGAUGCCACAGAAAUGUUUUCCGUUACUUGAUGGCAUUCCUUCGAGAACUCUUAAAAUUCUCUGAAUACAACAAUGUCAGCGCCAACAUGAUUGCUACUCUCUUCACUAGUCUUCUCCUAAGGCCUCCACCCAACCUUAUGGCAAGACAGACUCCAAGUGACCGCCAACGUGCUAUUCACUUCCUUCUGGGCUUUCUGCUUGGAAGCGAUGAAGACUAAGGCUUUUCCUCUUACUACUCUCCGAGACUGUAGAGGUAGAAGAUCUUGGACUCUAAGUAUUUCAGAACGAUUUAAAAAGUCAUGCCACAGGAAGGAUCUAUUGCAGAAUUUCAAGUUCUGUUUAUAGUGCAAAAGGAAGAGUUUCCUAAUCCCUCCUUUACCAUAUCCUACACAGCAAAAUACUUUUAGACUUAUAUUGCCAAGCCAAAGUUACCAUAUUUUGGUGUUUUUGUGUUUUCUCUUUAUAAGGCAGAGAGAUCUGUAUUUACACUCCUUUACGUAGGGAUGUGUGUAUUGCCCUCCUACCCAAUUGUCAUGAUCGUCCUUUGUACCCUAGGCCUAGAUUCUGAAAUGUUCCCAUUCUAGGCCUACAAACACUACUUGCUGUAGCUCAGACUCAUCUGUUGUCCUUCAUAUAAUGCACUUUUGAUCCGCACCCUCCCCCAUAUCACUCCUUUGCACCCCACUCCCCUCAUUCUAUCACUUUGAAUGGAGUCUGGGUGAGGCUAGUGACUCUUUGGGUGUCCUCAACAGUGAGUUCACUGUCUCCAUGUGGUUGUUACAUGCAUUUGUGCAUUUCUACUACAGUGGCAUCUUUAUGUCUCUGUAACAUUGGCCUUUUUGUGGAUCCGCACUGGGUGGAACCAUAUUCUCUUAUCUGAGAUCACAUUUAGUAGCAUAACUUUUAGAGACUAUUAGAGAUGACAUCCCAUUGAUGUGAGAGAUCGUGAUCCAAAUGGAAGCUCUUCAAGUAUUUCAGGAGUGAGUAUUCAUAUUUAACAGGUCCUGCUUCCCACUAUCCCAUUCCUUGUAUGAUUCAAAUUUUACAUGAGGCCUAAUUGUGGGUGUCUGUGAGACCCAUCUCCCACUUAGAAAUCCACCUCCAGAGCAACACUGGCACCACAGUAAAAAAGAGAGUCUGCACCUCAAGCAGGCUUAUCUAGAGCUAUUGCUUCGUCACACAGCAAGGGUAUUGAGGAUGACCCUUAGAACCCCUUCUCUGGUCUUCUGAAAUACCAAGAUGUCACAUCUUCUCUCAGCAGGGCCGACUCUGGGCUGUACAACCAGCUCCUGCAGGUAAAGGGUUUAGAGAUGCCCCUUGGCUCCCAAUUGCUAUAUCCAGUGCUGUGUAAAAGAGACAGGCUAGUGGGACCAACCAUGCACCUUACCUCUUCCACCCAAGAUGACUCUCUGAACUUUUCAUUUAUUCCAGGCUCCAUGGGAGAGCCUUUUUUAAAAAAAUUAAUCUGCGUUGGUUGACAAAUAAGCCACCAGCCACUGACUGCAAAACUGCCUGAUGCAGUUGGCUUCCUCCUGGUUUUCUUUAGUUAAAACCACCCAGAGAUGACUCAUUCUUGCCUGUUAACAUUAAAAGCAAAGAGCAUAAUGUACAGGCUCUGUAUAUGAUCUUGGACAUUGACUCUUCUAGUGCAGCCAAGGUACCACCACUGAAUGGCUCUCUAAUUCCCCCAUCUCUUGAAAGUUGAGUUAUUUAGCAAAAAAAAAAAAAAAAAAAAAGGUAUGUAUCUUAUAAUAUAUUGGCUAAACCCUUUCCUGAUUGGGAGUUAAAGAAACAGGAGUUAAUUAUUAGUGCCAAAUAGCUAAAGAUCUCAUAGGUCAGGGACUGGGUGUUAAACUUAGUUAAUGAAAGACUGAGAGCAGAACAGUUUUGUCAUCUCUACUUGUUCAGAAAAUGAUCACAAAAAGAGGCAGACAACAGAUAAUACAGGGAAAUACCUUUCCCGGGCCCAUUUUCUAAUAUAUUGCCAACCUGGAAUCUUUGGAUGAUCAAGGAUAUGGUUAGUGGAGGCUCUGUGCAGCACAUGUGUGGUGUCCUGUCUCUUUCUCCAUCAGGUCAAAGCACUAAGUCGGUUUACUGCCUCAGCCUUUUUUUCAGCUUGUCCUGGAGCAGGGUUGAGAAUUUUAGACAAUCUCUAAGUAGGGGAGACAAGACACAGACCAGACUUACGAAAUCUGCUUCCCUGUUGUGCCUGUUCCACAUCCCAACCCAUAAUUCCUAAGUCCUCUAAGGUACUAGUUCAUAGCUCCUCUGAAGUCAGGAUUUCGGAUCCAACUGGUAGAGAAGGACUCUGCACCUGUUAUUUUCAGGAAGAAAUGGUUUAAAUCCAUGUGAUGACAUUGCAUUCGUCUCCCUUUCACUGUUUUCUUGUUCUGUAAUUGUUUGUUAUAUAUCCCAAAAAUGUCUUGAUCACUAAGCAGAGCUGCUAGUGGGAUUCUGUAUUUUGUGUCAUCUUUUUUUUAAAUUAUAAUUUAUUGCAAAUUUUUUUCUGAAUAAAUAUGUUGUGUGAAAAA